CGGGCGGAGGACGCAGCGGGCCAGCGGCGCCCGGCAGGGAGGCAGCGGGCCAUCUGCCUGGGAACUUUUCAUUCACGUGAGACACCUGUGAAGAGCUGGAAUCACUCCAGGAAGCGCCUAUGAGACCCUAAGCCAUCUUUAGGCAUUGGAGAAGAAAGGUCACAACCUCGGUUUGCAGCAAAAAUGCUUUCAGAACAGACAGCAGCAUUGGGGACACGAUGGGAGUCAAUGAAUGCACAGCUGGAUGGAGCACAGUCCCAUGUGGAAAGGAGAAGCCAGGAAGAGGGGCCAUGGAGAACAGCACCAGGGCCUCUGGAACACCCGUGCUGUGAUCUUGAAGAGGAGCCACAGUCCCUUCAAGAGAAGGCUCAGUCCGCUCCCUGGGUCCCUGCAAUUCCUCAGGAGGGGAGCACCGGAGACUGGGAGAUGGCAGCUGCACUUCUUGCAGCCGGAUCACAGGGACUGGUAACCAUCAAGGAUGUGUCAUUGUGCUUCUCUCAGGAGGAGUGGCGGAGCCUGGACCCCUCCCAGACAGACUUUUAUGGAGAAUAUGUCAUGCAGGAAAACUGUGGGAUAGUGGUCUCUCUGAGAUUUCCAAUUCCCAAACUGGAUAUGCUUUCUCAAGUAGAAGGAGGGGAAGAGCAAUGGGUCCCUGACCCCCAGGACUUAGAGGAGAGGGACAUUCUGAGGGUCACGUAUACAGGAGAUGGAAGUGAACAUGAAGGGGAUACCCCUGAACUAGAAGCAGACCCUCCCAGAAUGUUUUCCAGUGUGUCCGAAGAUACUAUGCUCUGGAACCCAGAGCAGGAUGACAGCUGGGAUUCCAUGCCUAGGAGCUCCAGAGGAACGCUCCUGGGUCCACAUUUCCUUCAGGAAGAUAGCUUCUCAAAUCUUCUGUGUAGCACAGAAAUGGAUUCCCUGUUAAGACCCCACACAUGCCCCCAAUGUGGGAAACAGUUUGUGUGGAGCUCCCACCUUGCCCGGCAUCAGCAGACACACACUGGGGAAAGGCCCUACAGCUGUCUCAAGUGUGAGAAGAGCUUUGGGAGAAGACAUCAUCUCAUAAGGCACCAGAAAACCCACCUGCAUGACAAGCCCAGCAGGUGCUCUGAGUGUGGCAAGAAUUUCCGAUGCAACUCCCAUCUGGCCAGUCACCAGAGAGUACAUGCAGAAGGCAAAUCUUGUAAGGACCAAGAAGGUGAUGACAGCCUUGGGGCUAUGAAACGGCAGCGUGCCCUACCGGUGCCAAAAUGCCAUGUGUGCACAGAAUGUGGGAAGAGCUUUGGCCGAAGGCACCACCUAGUGAGACACUGGCUCACCCAUACCGGGGAGAAGCCCUUCCAGUGUCCUCGCUGUGAGAAGAGCUUUGGCCGCAAACAUCACCUGGACAGACAUCUACUGACCCACCAGGGACAAAAUCCCAGGAGCAGCUGGGACAGGGGGACAUCUGUCUUUUGAAAUCUGUUUCUCUUGCAGUUAUAAUCAAAUCUAUUAGCCGGUGCUACCAGGAGUCACUGCCAGAACUGUCCCACCUGCACCCCAACAACCAGAAACAUGAGCUCUGACCCCAUCCACAGAAAGAUGAGGUUUCAGUGUUGGCCAGAGUAUUUUUCACCAGUUCUGUGAAAUAACACAUAAAGUGUUCUUCUAGCAAAACACUUGGGAAACAAUGCAUACUGCAUGGUUGGUUUUCUGUCUAAGCCCAUUCUCAAGGACACAGGAAUAUCACCAGUAUAUGGCUGAUCGGUUGGUGUCUAUGCCAUAACAGUUGUUAAAUAUUUUGACUUUCAGCCUCAUAUACUAAUUACAUUCUGUAUAUAUAGAGAGUGAAAAAAAUGUUUUAACAUAUCAAAGCCUCUGAAAACUUCUGCAGUACAGCAAGCUUCUAUUAAGCUUCUGUUAAUGCAGUGUUCCCUAAAUUUAUUUUACUUCAGUAUUCUACUUCACCUUCCACAGAACUGGUAAAUCCAUGAAACACUCUAGUGAACACUGGGUUAAAAAGUAACAAGGAAACAGGAAAGAGAUAGUGAUAAAGUACCCAAAGCCCCUUUUUUAACCAUGUGAAAGCCCAGGGGCCGGAACUUCCUCCUGUUUGGGUCCAUCACUCAACCCAUCAUCCAUACAUACAUCUAUACCUCUCACUCCCACCUGCCAAAAAUAGAAUAACCUUUGCACUCCUUUAUUCCUACACUCUUCAGCUUCUGUGCACAUGUGCAUCACACAUGCACAUACACAUGGCUGAGAGAUUAAGCUACAAUGCUAUGAGAUGGACAUUACACCCCUAAGGAAUCUCAGGCCCACACAGAAGAAAAACUUUAUCCCCAUGAACAGACCCCUCUCCUCUUGACUGUGUCUUAAUGUGUCUAUGUGUAUGUGUGUGCAGAGUCUCUGGAGACAGCAUGCUACGUAAAAACUGUACAAGCUAGUUUUUUCUGGGGAUAAGGGUAGUGGGGAUUAUGUGGGUGUUUUUUGUUUGUUUUGUGUAUAAAUGGGAAGUCCUGGUGGUUUUGUGUAAAUAUUAAGGAGCCCUGGUGUAAAGCGCUAAAUGAUGGGUUAAGCUGUGGGAGCUGAGUACAAAGCUUUCCCCAGCAUCACUGUGAUCAAGACAAUUGUGGAUGGAUAUGUCUAGGUCUGACUCACUGGGCCACAGGUUGUUUUCACCUGGCAGGAGAGAAUGGCAUCUUCUGUGAGUCUUCUUGAUUGAUUCCAGGCAAGGUACAUACAGAAGCCUUGUGCUGAGUGAGGAUUUUGUCUUAAGUGCUGGGAAAUUAGGACAGAAUCAUGGUGUUUUCCAGUUGUUGUCAUUGCUCCUAUUUGACUCUGAUUGCGUCAUCAAAGGGGAAGAGUAAUUCUUGAGGAACUCAUUCUCCCAGAAAGAGAACUGUCAGGUAAAAGGCUGUGGCUUAGCUCUUCAGCUAACAUAUGGUAAUGAGCUUUCUGGUAGGUUUUCCUCCCAGUUUGGGAAGGUAUCCACACUUAAGACUCUUUAACCUGAGGUAUACAGACUAAGACUCCUAAGUAUUUUAACAUCUUGUAGUCAAUGGGUUGCUCAUUGUUUUUCUUUAUUGAUUAUUAUGUUAGUAAAAAUCUGUUUUAGAUGUAUUUACUUAUUUGGAAAGUAGAUGGGGAGAGAGAGAGAGAGAGAUUGAUUGAUUGAGAGAUCUUCUAUCCAUUGGUUCACUCCCCAAAUAGCUACAACAACUGGGGCUGGGUCAGGCCAAAGCCGGGAGGAAAGAGCUUCUUCCAGGUCUCC